UUCAACAUUGAUUCCCAGCAAACUGAAUUGAAGGCAACGCGAAAGCUCGAGUAGACUGUUCGGUGGUUUGCUGGUUUCAUGGAGUACCCGACAUUAAGCACAUCGUGUAAUUUGGGAUCAAGAGCACGCCAGUGAAGAGGGAAUAUCGUGAAGAAGACCGUCAAUCGAUUAUCUGUAUUCGGUGGUCAUAAAAGCCAAAGUAGGCGAGGAAGAUUGGCGAGUUGGAGACGGUAGGUGGGAGCGAGUUUGGGACAGAACCGGGCUUUAAUCUGUAUGUGAAUUGUGUUGCAUCCUCCAUGUUCGAGAGUGGGGAGCAGAGUCCCCGUGAUAUUACUGAACAGUCUGAUUUUUAACCUGCUGGAAGGACACAGGACACAGUGGUACCAUUCAACAGGAACUGAGUGAACGGCUCAACGAUGUCUUUGGCGACAUUGCAAUGCUUGCGCUCCGUGACUCGACCCUCGUUCGCACCAUCUUCGUCUAGAUUGCCUCUGCUGCGACUCAGGAAUGAGGAUAUCAGGGCAUGGUCACGAAACGGGAAGAAUGCUUCCAAGUUGACGCAUAUUGUCAGCAGGCCCCGUGCUAUUGAAAGAUUCCGUUUGCCGCUGUGUGUUGCGGGGGAUGUUUCUCUCCCUGAGCCAGUGCCAGAAGAGAAUGCCGCCCAUGCCGAGGAAAAUCGUGAUCAAUCCUUCGUUGGAAAAUGGCGGAGAAAUGCCGCAGAACUCAGAGCUAAAGCCGCCAAAUGGGGACUCGCCGCCGUUUUAGCGUACGGGCUAUUUGAUGGCAUCACUUACACUACAUUUUUUGUUCUGGCGUUCCUUGGCUACGAGAAGAGCACUGGACAAAACCCUGCCGCGAAUUUGAAGGCUCUUCUGGGAGUGGUUGUUCUCAUGUGGGGCGGUAACAACGUGACAAGACCUUUUCGAGUGGCCGGAGCUGCUGCACUGGCCCCGGCAAUCGACAGAGGUUUGAAGAAACUGCAAGAAGUUUGGAAGCUGCCGAACCAGGCCUUCGCUUUCAUGAUAUGUGUGGCAGUCUUCGCAAGCCUCUGUUUCUCUGUCGUUGGAAUUCUGAUCCUUUCCAGAUUAGGCGGGUGAAGACAGUAGGGAACGGUGGUGAAGCAAGGAUUCGCUUGUAAAGUGGACACACUCAUCAUGAAUUAAAGAGAUCCAAUUUCACCCAGUGUGAACUCAUCGGCAUGAUUCGUGAACCACGUUUUCCGGAUCAAACAUCCGCGGGCUAAAGGGAUCACCGGGACUUUCGGUGAUCUUGUGAAACCGGAGUCCCAGUCUGUUCUCGGCAUCGGAGGACCUCCGAGAUAACGUGCCGAUGCCUGAUGCCUGAUGCCUGUGCAUCUGCUGUGGGGUUACAGUAGACCCAUCGGUUCUCGUGGACAAGGCCGGCCCCUUCUUUUGCCAUUCUGUCAUCAUUCGGGCCGAAAGAGGGAACGCCUCCUGAGCCCCCUGCACUCGCGAGUCAUUUCUGAUUGCGACCGACCUCCAUCUGACGCCCACAGACAGAAUUCACAGAACCUUGCGACGGGCAGAACCGGGAACCGGGAACACAAACCGCACUCAUAGCAUAGCAGUGGACACUCACCACCGGAUACGGACGGUCGCAGGCCGAUGACCAUCUUGAGCAUCACGUGGCGAGCAGCGGAGACGGUGGUAGGAAGGAAGCGCACAACGCUCGGCUCGGCUCGAGCUCGAGCUCGCAACAGGAGCAUACAGUAUACGAACAUUCUGUAGAGCGUCAGGGGCGGGUGUUUGGGGGGGGGGGGGGGGGGGGGCGGGGGCGGGCGGGCACUGCAUACAUGUCCGACAAGUGUGUAGAUAUGUGACCGUAGUCUUGUCUCUGCUCGCCGUACGGGAAAGUGCACGUUGCGGCUACACGCAGAUUACAUUUCAGGUACUGUAACCGUAAAGGGCCUUUAGGAUCAAUAGGAGCGAGCUUUUCACGGGAGGCUUCACUCAUCACUUUCACAAGCCCAGAGUUCCACUGAUCUUCAUCCGCACGUUUCUCCCCUCGAGUAUCAUCGCCCGACGUCCGUACGCGCUCGAUACGUCAGCAUGUUCCGGGGCGUCGGAUCAGUGUAGCUUAAGGACGUUUACGGUGUCGUAAGUACAAUACAGUGCUAGGGGCCAAGGUAGGUAUAUUUGCUGUGAUGUACGAUCAAACACUCAAUCAUUAUAACGGGUGUGAAGGUUUCAAAAUUUAAACCUUCCUAGAUUGGAAUACUGUG